UAGCGGCGUCAUGCGCGUUAGAGAGGGACCGCGCGGGGCGCACCACCGAUCGCCGCCAUUUAUUUCUUUUCAGUGCUCGACUCCGUCGUAGUGACAGCGUCUUGAUAUAAUCGCGAUAAUAGUUCGUUUUAUAUGUGAAGAUUGUAUAUUAAGUUCAAAUCACAUAUUAUACAAGUGUUCCCUAGUUGUGAUAAUAUAUAAUGGAGUAGAGUGUAUGAUGUGUAUAAUAUGACGUGGUCGAACGCAAAUAUGUCUAGCGUUCACACAUCUGUUGUCAUCACGAAAUAACUUGGAUUAUGCAAGUUGGAAUGAGAUGUGGAAGAGUAUUAGUCAAUAAGACUAUGACGGUUAUAAAAUAAUGCAGUGGCUGCACAAAAUAUUGACGCUGGCAAUAAUUUGCGCAGCUGUGGAGGGGGGAGUAUGUCCGUCUUCGUGCGUGUGCACACCCACCACACUGGUCUGCAGUGGCACGGCGGUGUCCGGAAGUAGGAUCGGCAAGGCGAACCUCGCCGGCCACGGAACAGACCUCCGACAGAUAGUAUGGACGGGUUCUAACAUCACCGCUACCGAUCACAAUCUAUUCGAGGGCUUAGUGGAUCUGGAGUACAUCGAUUUCAGUAGAAACGAAAUAAAGAGAACAGAGCACGGCCUCUUCUCGAGGUUGAUCCGGCUGACGCAUCUGAACCUAUCGAGGAAUGAAAUAGAAGACAUACCUCGGUUCACGUUUGCCGACCUCGAGAACCUGGAGGUCCUGGACGUGUCUCAUAACAAACUACAAGCGAUACCAUUCCAGGUCUUCGGGCCGAUGAUUAGGUUGAAGAAGUUGGAUUUAUCUUAUAAUAGGAUCGCCACUUUCUUAGAUUACUUUUUUAAGCCUAAUAGCCAACUGAAAACUCUGUUCCUAAAUAAUAAUAGUCUAGUUAAAAUUACAUCUCAUUCUCUAGUCAGCCUUAAGGAAUUGGAAACUCUCGAUCUAUCUAGCAACAAAUUAGACAAUAUUCCUAAAUCUAUAUUCGACAGCCUGGAACAGUUGAAGGAUAUCAAUCUAGGUUACAACAACUUCGAUAACAUAUCACAGGAUAUAUUUAAAAAGCUGAAUAAGUUAGAGACGCUUAAUUUAGGUGGAAAUAGACUUAAGGUGUUGCCCCCGACGCUGUUCCAAUAUAACGAAAACUUACUUGCAGUCUACCUCGAACACACGGCAAUUACCGUCAUACAGAACACCAACUUUAAAGGCUUACAGAAACUCAAGCGUCUGUACGUCAGGUACAACUCCAUGUUACGGGAAAUAGAACCCUUCGUGUUCCAAGACACGCCGGCCUUGACUCAUCUGGACAUUACUGCCAACGCUCUGACAUACCUGCCGCUAUCCCUGCAGAUGUUAGAGAACUUACAGGAGUUGAGAAUAGGGAAUAACUCGUGGGCCUGUGACUGUAGGAUGGCCUGGUUCGUCAGCUGGAUAGAGAACAGAAAAGAUAUCGUGAGGUCGGAUCUGAGUUGUCGGUGGGCUUACAGGGACGACAUGCUGAGGUAUCUGAACAGCACCAACUGUAAACCGCCACAGUUGAUAAAGAGCAGUCCACUGUCGUUACACAGGCUCCAGACGGACGCACUGCUGGAGUGCAAAUUCGCUGGCAACCCAGCCCCAUCCAUAACCUGGAUAACGCCAACGAGAAACGUGUUCCAUUGGAAUCCAGAUUCAUCCCCGCCGGACAUAUUCCAGAAACAUGGAAUAGCACACGAUCAGUAUUACCGCCCCUUAGAUUACAGUAACUCGAGAGUCAAAAUCCGCGACGACGGUUCCCUCUUCAUAGCCGACAUCCAUCGUGAGGACAGCGGCACCUACCUGUGCCUGGCCUCGAACCCCUCGGCCAACGCCACCGCCGAGGUCGUCCUCAACAUAGAUCCCAUGACCAUGUUAGAAAUCAAAAUCUAUAGUUUGCUGUUCGGAGCGAUGUGUGCACUGAGUUUCUUGGGUCUCACUUUGCUAGUGCAGGCUCUGCGUUAUAUAUUCUAUAGAUAUCGUCUCCUAGAGACCUGCUGUAGCUGUUGUACUUGUGUGAAUCGCGACGCGCCGCGAACCAGACAGAUAUAUCACAUGCUGGACAACAUCGAACAAUAUAAGAGACAACAAUUGGAAAAACUCCGAGAAAACUACGCCGUUCAGGUACAUCGAAUCAAAGAGAACUGCACCCAGCAGAUGGAGUGGAUUCAGAGUAGCUACUCGACACAAGCGGCUCACUUGAGAAAUAUCAGAGAUAUCGGAACCAACCAUUUGACGUCUAUGAAAGAUCAGUACUACGAUCAGGUAGCUAUAGAUGUGAAACGCGUCCGCGAGUACUCCACGUGCCAACUGAACUGGGUCAGAGAGAACUACGUGUUCCAGAGGAACAAGAUACGGAAAUUCAGCGCGCACCAGAUACUGAGGCUGAGAGAGUCGUACAAAUAUCAGCAGCAGACGCUCAACAAAGUGCUGGAGAACCUGCCCAGUCUGUACUUCGAGAACUGCAGGAGCGGUUCGUGCGGCAGGAGCGACUCCAUGGCCUUCGACCCCGACGUGGAGGUCAUCGACAUGUACCUCAAGACCAAGAUCGAGAAGCUGGCGCGUCUGCCGCCGCACUUCGACGACGAGAGCAAGGUGUCGGUGUACUACACGCCCACCGAGCGCUCGCUGGAGUCGCGGCGGGGCUCGCUGGCGCGCGCGGAGCCCGAGGCCGUCCACAUCAACAUGAUCGAGCGUCCCCCGCCGCUCGAGCUGCUGGACAGGCCGGGCAGCUCGCCGCUGCUGGGCCGCGCGCGCCUGGCCGCCAGCCUGAGCUCGCCCGAGCUGCGGCCGGCGGGCGGGCGCGUGCUGCUGGCCGUGGAACUGGAGCCGUCUUAGUGGCGGCCUCACACGCGCGUUUUGUUAUACGCGCCGGCCCGUCUGCGCGCGUACUUCGUCUGACCGUGUGUGUGUUACGUCUCGUGCGAUAUGUUCGUGGACUACUUGCUACUGCUAGUGCGGUGUGUCGGUCUGUCGGCCAGUUCGUGUGUCGUGCGAGUCGGUAGUGUCGUUUGUUGUGACGGUGUGUGCACUGGUCGACGGCCCUCCCCCCUCUCCCCUGUCGGCCUGUCGGUGUCCUUAUUAUUAUUACUAUUAGUCGUAGUGUCACCGUCUAACUGUUGAUCGCCAAAUAGAACAACGAUCGUUAUGAUGUGUAACGUUUCUUAAUAUAAAUUAUACAAAUAUUGUUGAAAAUUUUCUAAAUAUUAUAAAUAACGAGAGUAAGCAAAUCAUGAAGAAUAAAUUAUUUUUCAAUGUA